CCUCUGCUCAGUCCUCCUCCUCCUCCUCCUCCCUUGGAUCGGGGCCGGGCUUCGGAGAGAGAGGCGGAUCCGGAGCAGAGGAGGAGCAGGAGCAACAGCCACUCCGUCCGGAGGAUCUGGGCCCAGAGGCUGGGAGAGCUCCGGAGUGAAGGGCCCCCGGGAAGAUCCCAAGGAAGGCAAGGAGGAAAGAGGGGAAGAGAUGGUGGCCCCCGGAGCCCCCCUGGGCUGAGAGUCGAAAAGCGAGACCCCACCCGACGAAAGAGAGGAGCCCGUCAGAGCGAUUGUCAGGAGCUGUUGCUGCCGGAGCCGAUGGCAUACACAAUCAGCCCUUCGCCAUCGGUGCCCAUAGGGCCCCAGUAUUGCGUCUGCAAGGUUGAACUGUCCAUCUGCGGCCAGAACCUUCUAGAUAGAGAUGUGACCUCUAAGUCCGACCCCUUCUGCGUCUUAUUUAUGGAAGUGAAUGGCAAAUGGACAGAGAUCGACCGGACAGAAACCGCAAUAAACAACCUGAACCCAGCUUUCUCCAAGAAGUUUGUCGUCGAUUAUCGCUUUGAGGAGGUCCAGAAGCUGAAAUUUGCCUUGUUCGACCAAGACAAGUCCAGCAUGCAACUCUAUGAACAUGACUUCCUGGGGGAGUUUUCCUGCACUUUGGGAUCGAUCGUCUCAAGCAAGAAGAUCACAAAAGCCCUCCUUCUGGGGAAUGGGAAACCAGCUGGAAAGGGGAUGAUCACGAUAGCAGCCCAAGAGCUCUCCGACAACCGCGUGAUCACGCUCAGCAUGGCUGGCCGAAAGCUGGAUAAAAAGGAUUUGUUUGGAAAAUCAGACCCAUUUUUAGAGUUUUAUAAACCUGGGGAUGAUGGGAAAUGGAUGCUGGUGCACAGGACAGAGGUGAUUAAAUACACUCUGGAUCCUGUCUGGAAGCCAUUCACUGUGCCUUUAAUAUCUCUGUGCGACGGGGACAUUGAAAAGCACAUCAAGAUUGUGUGUUACGAUUACGACAACGACGGAGGCCACGAUUUCAUCGGGGAUUUCCAGACCUCAGUUGCCAAGAUGUGCGAAUCCCAAGACACCUUUGCAGUAGAAUUUGAAUGCAUUAACCCCAAAAAACAGAAGAAGAAGAGGAGCUACAAGAACUCGGGCAUCAUCAUCGUGAAAUCCUGCAAGAUCACCAGAGAUUACUCCUUCCUGGACUACAUCCUCGGGGGCUGCCAGCUAAUGUUUACGGUUGGGAUUGACUUCACAGCCUCCAACGGGAACCCCAGGGACCCCACCUCUUUGCACUAUAUCAACCCGAUGGGAACCAACGAAUACCUUUCAGCCAUUUGGGCCGUGGGGCAGAUCAUCCAAGACUACGACACAGAUAAAAUGUUUCCUGCUUUGGGUUUUGGGGCCCAGUUGCCACCUGACUGGAAGGUUUCUCAUGAGUUUGCCAUUAAUUUCAACCCCACCAACCCUUUUUGCCUUGGUGUAGAAGGCAUUGUCCAAGCCUACUCCAGCUGCCUGCCUCACAUACGCUUCUAUGGACCGACCAACUUCUCCCCCAUCAUAAAUCACGUGGCUCGGUUUGCAGCCCAGGCAACACAACAACAAUCGGCAACCCAAUACUUCAUCCUCUUGAUCAUCACGGAUGGCGUCAUCAGUGACAUGGACGAGACGAGGCACGCUGUUGUCCAGGCCUCCAAGUUGCCCAUGUCCAUCAUCAUUGUAGGGGUAGGAAAUGCGGACUUUGCGGCCAUGGAGUUUCUGGACGCAGACAACCGGAUGCUUCGGUCCUACACGGGAGAGGAGGCGGUGCGCGACAUCGUCCAGUUUGUGCCAUUCCGUGAAUUUCGCAGUGCGCCGAAGGAGACCCUGGCCAAAGCCGUCUUGGCGGAGCUCCCACAGCAAGUGGUCCAGUAUUUCAAGCAACAGAACUUGCCCCCCAUCAAUUCAGAACCAGCGUAAGGCCAGAUCUGUCACUCUUUGCCUGCAUGUCCCCCCAAAACUUGUCAGUGCCAAGCUGCAUGUCUCAUGUGGUUUCAGACAAUCCGUACUUUUUCUUUCACCGAGUUAAUUUAAAAACAAGCCAAACUCAGAUCUCCCUGAAAGUUCAACAUGCAACACAAGAAGCAGCAGCAUCUGGACCUGUGCUCAAAAUUCCUGGGCCAAACAAAACAAACACCCCACCUUUUGUCAAUACAGGAUGUUUCCCCUUCUGUUACGGCAAGUACCAACUUUUAAGUAUUUGAAUGUACUUUGUAAGAGUUUUUUCUGUGUGGAACGAAACAUUUUUACAAGCCGUGAAAUUCUCGCUAUCUCAGUGCCCAAAGAAACGUGGACAAGUUCAUGGAUGUGUCGUACUCGUACCUCUCAUGUGCGCUCUCUCUCUCCGUUUUUAUACUGUGUACAUGUUCUAUUUGUUAUACUCAGGUUAAUAAACAAACUUGGACUCUU